AGAUUUAUGAUUGCCAACACUAGGCAGCUGAUGAAUGAACGUGCGGUAGUAAAGGUGUAAAAAAUAGCAAGAGAAUUCGCAAAAAGUCGUUCGCUACCUCCCUCCUACUGAAAAUCCAGGUGCAGGUGAUCAAAUUUCAGCUAAAGAGGAGGAAAACCACAAAAACAACCAGAAGGAUUGCAAGGCGAGGAGCUCAAUACGUAUCUCGUCCUGGCCACCGGCACACAAUGGAGUGUUUGUGCUAGUGUGUGUGUGUGCUGGUGUGUAGUAGUAGUUGUAGUAAUACGAACGAGUGCGAGGCAAGAAGAAAAAACAAAAAGAAAUCUGUAGUUUUCGUAUUAGAUUUGGUUUUUCCAAUAACUCUCGUCUAAGCCGGAAUAUGGAAGUGUAAAUGUGCCAGCUGACUGCUAAUCCCAUGCGAUUGCUGCUGGUUCCGGCGCAGGAGGCAGUGCAUCUAACUGGUGGGGAUUGCUCACGUCUCCACUCCCGAUUCCCGAUCCGGAUUCCAUAAUGCUGCUGGCCGCAGCCGGUCUGCCGGCCUACGAUGCUGGCAAACUCAAUUCGAACGCCGGAUCCGGAGCCUCCGGUGGGGGCGGCGGUGUUACUCCCACCACCUCAGUGGCCAGUCGUCCCAGUGCUGCCAGUGCGUUGAUGAAAACACUUUCGGUGCGCCUGCACCGUGGCACCGAGUUCAUCAAGGACACUGUGCAGAAGGCCCUCGUAAUAUCUGCACCCACUUCGGUGGUCCCAGUACCAGCUCCCGCUCCGGCAAGCCUCACUUCCGCCAAACUGUUGGACCAUAGCUUGAAAAGGAAGCUAAGCGGAGCCGGUGGGCUGAUGGGGUGUGGUCCUUCAAGCAGCUCUUCAAUUGCCGCUAACCGCCACUACGUGCUGGCCAGGGAGUCACAUUCUCAGUUGCAGUCGCAGGUGCAAGUGCAGCAGCCGCAGUCUCUGGUCAGCCAGGUGCCCACCUUGGCCUUUCUGCGGACUUAUACUGUGGCGCCCACAGCUCUGCACCGUUCAGCAGCCGCUAGGAAGCGCAACCCCAGCACUGACAGCCUGCUCAUGGAUCUGUGCGAUUUCAAGCCCAUCCGGCCCAUGCCCAUCACACCCAUUAAAAUGUAG